AUGCGGUCUAAUGGAAACUCUUUGUCAACUAUUGUGAAUAUGCCUAAACCAGAUGGAUCUGUGAUGGAUAAGAAUGAGAAUAGGCUUCUCAUAGAUGAGAGAAACUACAAGUGUGAUGAACAAGGAGAGAAUUACGACAGGGGUGAUAUUGUUCUUAAUGUUGCGUCAAGUGGUAUAGCUGCUUUACUUAUGGAAGGUGGUAGGACAACACAUUCUAGAUUUAGUUUACCCAUCCAUGUGGACGAAUAUACAACGUGUUCGAUAGAAGUCAAUUCUCAUCUUGCCGAGUUAUUAGAGAAGCAAGGCUCAUUAUAUGGGAUGAGGGAGGAUUUCGGUAGCAUUCCACUUGACAAGAAAAGGAAAGUGGAAACGCAAAGGACCAUCGAUAACACGACGACCAGCGAGGUGGGCAGUAUAGAAGGUGAAGUGUUGGCAUUGCUUAGUGAGAGAGCAAAAGAUGGGAAUUUUGUUAACAAAGAGUUGGAGGCUAAGACAAAUGAGGAGAAGCUACAGACCCUAAUAACACAUUUGAUAGAGAGUGUAGCAGUAAAAGAUGAGCUUUUGAAGGAGGAGUCUAGUAAACAGCUGCUUGUUGAACAAGAUAACAUAAAACUCAAGACUGAUUUUGGAAGAGUUCUAGAUGCAUUCACACGUGCUGAUGUAGAUAGGUUAAACUUCCUGCAGAAUUUAAGUAUACUUAGGUGUGAGAACGAGUCUUUGCAAGAUCAGUUAGCUUCAAGCAGAUCAGGGAAGCUAACUGAGGAGAUCGGGAAGAAACGCGAGAAUGUCAGGAAGGUAAGGCAAGAGCUAGACAGCUUGAUAAAGAGGAAGAACAUCAUUGAUUUGAACUUCCGCCUCUACACUACUAAUCUUCGGAAUGAGCUCCAACAAGUAAGGGAUGAUCGUGAUCGCCAAGUUGAGCAGUCACUGAAGCUAACUGAGGAGAUCGGGAAGAACCGCGAGAAUGUCGGGAAGGUAAGGCAAGAGCUAGACAGCUUGAUAGCAAAAUCAGGAUCGUCAGAGGAAACAUGUUCGUUGCAAAUCCCCGUGCGAAUAAAGAUGUUAGAGCAGCAAUUAGCAAUCGUCAAUCAAAAGCAAAAGAUUGCAGAUGCAUCAGUAUCUCUUACUAGGACAGAGAUUGAGGAGCAGAAGCAUCAACUAUGUGAAUUAAAAGAACGCCUUUCACAUACGGAGAAACAACUCUGUGAGGGAGAGUUAUUGCGGAAGAAGCUUCAUAACACUAUUCUUAAACUAAAAGGAAAUAUACGAGUCUUCUGCCGAGUGCGUCCCUUGUUAUUACCAGAUGAUGGAGGACGACAUUAA